CGCCAUCUUCCUCUGUCUGUCUGUCUGCCAGCCCGGGCGGCCCUUUGUCCUCCUGCAGCGCUGCUGGGCGAGUCCAGGCCGGGCGACGGAGUCAGACUACCCCCAAUAAAGUCCACUGUCAUGUUGGAAAGGAUGCGAAGGGACGGAUUGGUCAGGCCACCGUUGCUUUGCAGGAAGGGUUUGGGGAAAGCUGUUUUGGGGAAUGGAGCCCAGGCAUUAGUCCCAUUCUGGGCCAUCUUCAGGGGAGCAAGUCUUUGCUGGGUUAGAAGAGCACACACGUCAGGCCAUGAUGCGAAGAGACUUCCCUGGGCUGCUUGGAGCCCAGUCACCACUCAUGCAGCAGCUGCCACUUCCGCCACAAGACAAGGACUCCAGCAGCAGCAGUAGCAGCAGCAGCAGCAACAGUGAUAGCGAGGGGGAUGAGACAACACAAGAUGAGGUCUCCUCCCAUGCUUCUGAGGAGGACGGAGCAUCAGCGACAGUGAAAAAGGAACUGGAACUUACUGAGCAGCUGGGCUGCAGCAAGCAGGUCGCUCGAGGCCAUGAGAUGGGUUUAAAUGCCAGCCCAGAUACCCUGAUGGGACUCUCCCGUUGUCCCCUCUGCCAGCUAGAGUGUGGAAGCAGGGAGCAGCUUGUCACUCAUGUCUAUCAGGGAAGGCCUUGCGGGUCUCUCUCCUUUUUCCCUAACAGAAGAGGGAGCUCUUCCGUGGCUUGGCCUUGGCUGCCAGCCCUCAUAGGGACAGCUGAGAGGGGGACAGGGCGGCGGAGCCCUUGCCUCACAGCCCGGCCUCGUUUGCAGCAUACGGCAGCUGUGGUCAGUGCCAAGAGCUACCUGUGUCCCGUCUGUGGCCGAGCACUCAGCUCCCCGGGCUCCUUGGGCAGGCACCUCCUCAUCCACUCCGAGGACCAACUGUCCAACUGUGCGGUGUGUGGGGCUCGCUUCACCAGCCAUGCUACUUUCAACAGUGAGAAGGUGUCAGAGGUGCUGUGUGGAGAUGCCCUGCCCAUUCCCCUCCCUGAGGCUUCUUCUGGUGCUGAGGAAAAAGCCGGUGGUGGUGCUGCUGCUGCUGUCAGCCCCACAGUGUAUCCUGCUGGCAUCCUCCUGGUGUGCAACAGCUGCGUGGCCUACCGCAAGCUUCUGGAAGCUCAAGCUCCAGGGGUUCGCAAGUGGGCCUUGCGAAGGCAGAACGAGCCCCUGGAGGUGCGGCUGCAGCGCCUGGAGCGAGAGCGCACAGCUAAGAAGAGCCGUCGAGACAACGAGACGCCGGAGGAGCGGGAGGUGAGGCGCAUGAGGGAUCGAGAGGCCAAGCGGCUGCAGCGUAUGCAGGAGACGGACGAGCAGCGUGCGCGCCGCCUGCAGCGGGACCGUGAAGCGAUGCGCCUCAAGCGGGCCAACGAGACCCCUGAGAAGCGGCAGGCUCGGCUCAUCCGGGAGCGUGAAGCCAAGAGGCUAAAGCGGCGGCUGGAGAAAAUGGACAUGAUGCUGCGGGCACAGUUUGGCCAGGACCCCUCGGCCAUGGCUGCAUUGGCAGCCGAGAUGAACUUCUUCCCACUGCCAGUGGGUGGGCUAGAGCUUGAGGGGCAGCUGCUUGGUAAAAUGGCCUUUGAGGAGCCGAGUCCCAGUGCCCUGCACUGAGGAGGGUAAAAAGGAGGACCUGCUCUUGUCUGCUGAGGCCCCACUUGCUCCGCCAGUGAAGCAUGGAACUGGAGUGUGACAACGGUCUGAGAGGGGCAGGGAGGGAGGAAGGGGUGGGCGCACUGGCUGUGAUCAGAAAUAAAUUAAUUGUACAUGUCCUCA